UUUGAAAUCGGUACCCAAAAUGGCGAUGUCCAAAGCAUUCUCUGAAUCUGAUGUUUCUAUACAUUCCACAUUCGCCUCCCGCUAUGUCCGGGACUCUGCUCCUCGGUUCACCAUCCCCCAAAGCUCCAUGUCCAAGGAGGCCGCCUUUCAGAUCAUCAACGACGAGCUCAUGCUGGACGGCAACCCACGUCUCAAUUUGGCAUCCUUCGUCACCACAUGGAUGGAGCCCGAAUGCGACAAGCUCAUCAUGGACUCAAUCAAUAAAAACUACGUCAAUAUGGACGAGUACCCUGUUACCACCGAGAUUCAAAAUCGGUGUGUCAACAUGAUCGCCCAUUUAUUCAACGCUCCAUUGGGAGAUUCCGAUGUAGCGGUGGGAGCCGGGACGGUGGGGUCGUCAGAGGCCAUCAUGUUGGCAGGGCUUGCCUUCAAGAGGAAGUGGCAGAGGAAGCGGAAGGGUGAAGGGAAGGCUCAUGACAAGCCUAAUCUUGUGACGGGUGCCAAUGUCCAAGUGUGCUGGGAGAAAUUUGGUAGGUACUUUGAAGUGGAGCUGAAGGAAGUGAAGGUGAGAGAAGGGUAUUACGUGAUGGACCCUGUUGAGGCGGUUGAGAUGGUGGAUGAGAACACCAUUUGCGUUGCAGCCAUUUUGGGGUCCACUUAUAAUGGUGAAUUCGAGGAUGUGAAGCUGCUGAACGAUUUGUUGAUGAAGAAGAAUAAGGAAAGUGGAUGGGAUACGCCUAUUCAUGUGGAUGCGGCUAGUGGUGGGUUCAUAGCGCCGUUCUUGUAUCCAGAGCUGGAAUGGGACUUCCGGCUUCCUUUGGUGAAGAGUAUCAAUGUGAGUGGGCAUAAGUAUGGGCUUGUGUAUGCUGGGAUCGGGUGGGUGAUUUGGAGAACCAAACAGGAUUUGCCGGAAGAACUGAUUUUCCACAUCGAUUACCUUGGAGCUGAUCAGCCCACCUUCACUCUCAAUUUCUCUAAGGGGUCUAGCCAAAUCAUAGCUCAAUAUUACCAACUAAUACGCUUGGGUUUUGAGGGAUACCGCAAUGUGAUGCAAAAUUGUCACGACAACGCAAUGGUGUUGAAGGAAGGGCUGGAGAACACAGGGAGAUUCAGCAUAGCAUCCAAGGACAUGGGAGUCCCCGUGGUGGCGUUCAGUCUCAAAGACAGAACUCGCCACGACGAAUUUGAGGUGUCAGAAAUGUUACGACGGUUCGGGUGGAUGGUGCCGGCGUAUCCAAUGCCAGAGGGGGCCAAGCAUGUGUCAGUUCUUCGUGUGGUGAUUAGAGAAGAUUUCUCUCGCACCCUUGCGGGGCGUCUUGUGCAGGACAUCGUGAAGGUUCUGGGAGAGCUAGACAGUCUUCCACCAAAUAAGAACAUGGGUGCACCGCAGGUUUGAUGGGGUAUUAAAUCAUCAACAGUUACAACUUUGAGGCACCAAGUAUAACAACAUAACUUUCUUAUUUCUUAUUCUCACUCACUGCAUAUGCUAGCCCAUCUAUGUACUCAACCCAAACUACAACCAUGUCAAGGCCCAUG